AUGGCUGAAGUAGAUGAAUUCUCAGCUUAUCGUAGCGAAAAUGUCGUUUCAACUGAACAACGUAUCCUUUAUUUCAUUAUGGGUUCUCUUGUUUCAUUAGUUCCAGUUUACUUAUAUCAUGCCAUUUUCUAUUUAUCAUUCGAAGAAAACAUGAUUGUUUAUGGUUCAGUCACUCUUUUCUCAGCAAUUGUUCUUACUUUUGCUUACAACAACAUUUACAGAAUGAAAAAAUUAAAAUUAUCAAGUGCCAGAGAACACAACGUUCCAAAAACUGGUAAAGUUUCAGGUGACAAAAAGAAAGUUGCUGCUGCCCAAAAAGAACUCCAAUCUGUUCACACUUCAAAUGAAGCCAUCGCUGCCUCAGUCAUGUAUAACAAUGCUGUCUUUUUAAUCAGCUUUUUAGUUUUCUCAUUCAUUAUUUUCAAGAAUGUCGGUUUAGUUUACAACUAUAUUACCUCUGUAUCACUCGCCAGUGGUUUAACUACCUUUUUAUCAACUGGUAGU